CCCCCGGGGGCCUGGCGGGGCAGCUGGAGGCGCUGCGUGCGCGGCUGCUGGAGGACAUGGCCGUGGUGCGCGGCCGUCUAGCCCCCGCCUACCCCGCCGGCCUGGGCGCCUUUGGCGUCUACCUGCGCGGCUACCACGGCGCGCUGGCCGAAUGGCUGGGGGCCUCCGCCCGCCGCAGGCUGCCCCUGGCCGACCGCUACGCGCUACUGCACUGGCACAACCAGGUGUACCCCAGGGAGGUCCUAGGACUGGUAGACAUGGUCGCUCUGGAGAAUGGGGAGCUGGGGCCCCUUCUGUCUGCUGGAACUCUUCGGGGUCUGGAGGAUGAAUGUGUCACAGAUGUCAAGGCUCAGACUCGGGCUGCCCUGCUUCGGGUGCUGCAGGAGGACGAGGAGCACUGGGCGGACCUGGAGGACCAUCCCAGCAGUCUGGCCCAGGACGUGUGUGAGCUGCUGGAAGAGCACACGGAGAGAGCACCCCGCAUCAGCCAAGAAUUAGGGGAGCGCAUGGCACACUGCUGCCUGGGGGGGCUGGCAGAGUUCCUGCAGAGCUUCCAGCAGCGUGUAGAGCGAUUCCACGAGAAUCCGGGAAUCCGGGAGCUGCCACCUGACACCUACAUCAGCAGGACCAUUGCUCUGGUCAACUGCGGUCCCCCGCUGAGAGCUCUGGCCGAGCGCCUGGCCAGGGUGGGGCCCCCUGAAAGUGAGCCUGCCCGGGAAGCCUCGGCCAGUGCUCUGGACCGCGUGACCCGACUAUGCCACCGAGUCCUGGCUGACCUGCUGUUCCAGGAGCUACAGCCGCACUUCAACAAGCUGAUGCGCCGGAAGUGGCUGAGCAGCCCGGAGGCGCUGGACGGCAUCGUGGGCACCCUGGGCGCGCAGGCGCUGGCGCUGCGUAGGAUGCAAGACGAACCUUACCAGGCACUGGUGGCCGAGCUGCACCGGCGAGCGCUGGUAGAGUACGUGCGGCCGCUGCUCCGCGGGCGUCUGCGCUGCCGCUCAGCGCGGACCCGCACCCGUGCGGCCGGGAGGCUCCGCGAGGAUGCGGCGCAGCUGCAGCGGCUGUUCCGGCGGCUGGAGUCCCAGGCCUCGUGGCUGGAUGCCGUGGUGCCACACCUGGCGGAGGUGCUGCAGCUGGAGGACACGCCUAGCAUCCAGGUGGAGGUGGCCGUGCUGGUGCGCGACUACCCCGACAUCAGAUCCUCUGUCCCCAGGCGGAAGCAUGUGGCAGCCCUGCUGGACGUCCGUGGCCUGCACAGCACAGCUGCCCGGCAGGAGAUCCUGGCCGUGGCCCGGGACCUGGAGCUGUCUGAGGGUGGAGCGCUGCCGCCCCCUCGGGACCGUGCUUUCUUCUCUGACAUCCCAGUGCCUCGCCCAUCCUUCUGCCUCGGCCUCCCACUCGUGCUGGGCCGCCUGCCCCUGUCCCGGCUGGCCAGGCCCAAUUGGGCCUGUCUGCCCCUACGGCCUAGGCCCCCAUUGCCACAGAGGCCCCGGGCCCAGCGCUGAGGGUCUCCCAGCUCUGUGCCUCAGUGUCCCCAACUUGCUGCUGAAACCCCCCACCUGCCCUGUGGCUCUGUGCCUAGGACACAGAGCUUUGCAGGGCAGGAUCCUUAGGGGUCACUUUGCCCAUCCCCAGACUCCCCUGCAGGACACAAAAGCCAGCAGGAGCGGAGGUUCCCAAGGCCGCAGAGCCACUCCUGGCUCCUCCCUCUCCAUGGCCCAGGGUGGCGGUGGCGGAGGCAGCGGCGGUGGUGCAGUAUUCUGGAAGCUCAACAGAAACAUCCCUCCCACCCCGCCAUCUCAAGGUCUGGCCCUGAUCCAACGUAUUAAGGAAUGUUCGAUACUUAGAAUAAAGAGGUCUCUAUUUAACACUAGGAAGGGCUGAGUCCCACAUGUAGGGGAGGAAGGACGGGGACAGGGCCCCAGGCCAAGUGCUCCUCACCGCCCAAGGCCAGGCUGGGCCCAGAGCUGGCUGCCCAGGGCAGAGGACAGCUCCCAACAGCCCCUUCACACUAGGUCUCUGGGGCUGUGUGGCUCUGAGGCAGGGCCUUGGCCACUCUGAGCCAGGGACUGUCACUCUGUCCUUCUUCCCUGGGCCUGGGGGCUCCACUUGGCUUGGCCUCCCCAUCCAUCCUCAGCGGGAAGCCGAGUCCAGAGAGAGGAAGGAGGUUGGGGGUAGGGCUGGCGGCAUCCAGGGCGCCCUCCUGGGUUGACACAGGAAAAUCUCAGGGUGGGAAAAUUUCCAGCCUCUCACCCCCAGCCUCUCCGGAUCCUGGUCCCCAUGGAGACCUGGAGGUCACCUCCCUGCUGACCCCUGCCCCUCCGGCCUCCACUGGACAGCACAUGAUGGAUGCUUCCUGGCCUGUGUUGUGUUUUAUUCUUCUCCCUGAGAAGUCAGAAAGAGGAGGCAGCCAGGGGUCAGCACUGGGGCUGUGGCCGAAACCUCAAGCACGCAUCCACCCACGUGCUCAGCCUCGGGGCUGUGCUGUGUGGCCCUGGGCAGGAAGUUGGCCCUCUCUGGGCUGCCAUUCCUUCCCUUUCUGGCCUUUGUCCUUUACCCCCUAAAGGGACACUUCCUAUGUCUUUGAUGUGCAGAAUAGCAGAGGAGUGGGGAAUAAGGAUUCCCAGCGACUUGCAUAAUGACAGGUGUAAUCUGAUGGGCUCUUUUCAAACUGUGACCCCUUAUUCAAAAUCAGCUUUAUCAAACUAUAAUUUCCAUAGCAGAGAACCUGUUCACUUCGAGUGUGUCAUUCAAGCCAGGCUUGCUGGUGCCAGUUUAUUAAUCUCAGCACUCCGGAGGCUGAGGCAGGAGACCUCUGUGACUACGCGAGGCCAGCCUGGGCUGUAUCAUGAGUCUAAGGCCAGCCUGCGCUACACAGCAAGACCUGUCUGAAAAAAAAAAGAAUAUAAAUAGAUAAAGUGACCAUUCAACAGCCCUUCUUAUUAAAUAGGCCAGCCCUGUGUCACUAAGCUACAUCCCCAGGCCUCUUUUUAAAAAUUCUUACUUUUCUCUAUGUUUUAUUGGAGAUGAAACCCCAAGGGUGCUCCACCGACAGAGACGUGUCUUCAACUCUUUUUUGUUUUUAGUUUUUUGAGACAGGGCCUUACUGCAGCCCAGGCUGGCCUUGAACUCACAGCGGUCCUACUGCCUCAGCCUCCCAAGUGCUGAGAUUACAGGCAUGUGUCACCACGCCCAGCAGACGUCUUUCAGUCUCACAGUUGUCCAGCCAUCACUCGUACCAAUCUGAGGACGUUUUCACUACCUAAAAAUAAGCCCCGCCACGUAGCCAGCGCCCCCUGCUCCUCCAGCCUACCCGCCACCCCCAGGCUCUGGCAGCCACCGCUACCUUUUGCCUCCAGUGGACACUUGCCUAUUGUGAGCCGUUCGUGUAAACGGAUCAUCUGGUGUGUGUUGUUUUGUUUCUGGCUUUGGCCGUGAAGUCUGAAGCUUCGAGCAGAAGUGCUUAGUUUUUAUUGCUGAGUAAUAUUCCGUGGUAUGGAUGUA